UUCAUGGGUCUGGAGGAGUCUGUGAUGGUCGCAGAAGUUCUGGGUUAAAGUCAGGCAGCAGGACCAGGAUCAGGACCAGGACUGAGAUCAGGACCAGGACCAGUCAGGACCAGGACCAGCUGCGUGUGAAUUAGGUGGACCCGAACCCAGACAGGAUGAUCCGUCCGGCGCUGGCGCUGGCCGUCCUCUGCAUCGUGUCUGGCGGCAGCAGCAAGCCCACGGAGAGGAAGACCCGGGUCCAGGAGGACCCGCCGCUGAGCCAGCUGCAGCACGACGACGACACGAACUUCGAGUACGACCACGAGGCCUUCCUGGGCCAGGACGACGCCAAGGCCUUCGAGCAGCUGGCGCCGGAGGAGAGCAAGAGGAGACUCAGCAUCAUCGUGGAUAAAAUGGACGGCGACGGCGACGGCUGGGUGUCGGAGGCCGAGAUCACAGCUUGGAUCCGUCGGGCCCAGAAGAAGCACGUGUCCGAUAGCGUGGAGCGGCAGUGGGCCGACUUCGACCUGGACCAGGACGGCCGGGUCACCUGGGCCGAGUACCGCAACGUGACGUACGGCAGCUACCUGGACGACCCGGCGGACUCGGAGUACAACUACACCCAGAUGAUGACCCGGGACGAGCGCCGGUUCCGGGCCGCCGACGCCGACCGGGACCUGAUCGCCGACAAGCAGGAGUUCGCUGCGUUCCUGCACCCGGAGGACCACGAGCACAUGAGGGACAUCGUGGUGCAGGAGACGAUGGAGGACAUCGACAAGAACGGGGACGGAUUCAUCGACCUGCAGGAAUAUAUUGGAGACAUGUUCCAGCCGGAGGACGGGGAGGAGGAGCCCGAGUGGGUCGCCACGGAGCGCCAGCAGUUCGCAGAGUUCCGGGACAAGAACGGCGACGGCAAGAUGGACAAGGAGGAGACGCUGGACUGGAUCCUGCCGUCGGACUACGACCACGCCGAGGCCGAGUCCAAGCACCUGCUGUUCGAGUCGGACACCGACAAGGACGGGAAGCUGAGCAAGCAGGAGAUCCUGGACAAGUACGACCUGUUCGUGGGGAGUCAGGUGACCGACUUCGGCGAGGCUUUACUACGGCACGACGAGUUCUAGACCUGUUUUUUAUUUGUCCCACAGAAGAAGAAGAAGAGUUUCGUCACUUUUUAGGUCACAGAGAAGGUUUUAGACGUUUAACCUCCUCCACCCGUCACCGUCGUUCCUCUGGUUUUGCCAUCACUCUUUUUUUACCAUGUAUUUAUUUCACCUCUGUUCACCGUGAGGUUGAUGUUUGUCACUCGUGUAAAGAGACAAUAAACUCCAGAAGAGCUUUUAAAA